AUGCUCUGCAUCCCCUCCCUUUCCCGCUCAACCCCCUUUUCGCGCCCCAUCGUCUGCCCCUGGUGCCAUCAUUCCAGCGGUGCCGCCCUCAGUGCCCGUAUUUCGUCCGCUUCCGCACAGUCGGUGUCUCGGUCAGCAUCGGUAUGGCACCCUCUUGAAGCAGAUAUCGAGAUUGUAGAAGACGGAACGACGCAAGACGGGGACGAGGGCGAGGACGAGAGGCAGAGUCGGAGGCGCCUUAGGGUCGUCGCAAAAACCGCUCUACCGACGCCCGUCGUUCUUGUUAUGCUGCUCGUUGUCGACACGGGGAUCGGCUGGCAGGUUGUUGAUACAAGCAGGAAGCGGAAAGACGGAUGGAGAGACGUAAGAUCGGAGAACGGAAGGAAAGCCGGAUUUCGAGGUCUAGAAGAUCUGGAGCAUCCAAUGUCAGCAAUCAACAUCUCGGCUAGGAACGAGAAUGAGUAA